AUAGGGUCACUGUGCGUCAGAGCCUACUGGAGGGCACCUAGCAACAAUACCAGGAACCUAACAGUUACGUGACUCGGAGACUCAGAAGGCCCAGAGUCACCGAACAGUAGAAAGAGUGCCCACACUCGACUGCUAAUAAAGAAGCCAGAGGUUUGAAUCCACUCCGAGGUGCCUUAGAAGAAAGGACUGGCAAUCUACACCUGAAAACCAGCAGCAAGGACCUGAAAACAACCAUGAAGUGGAAAAUGCUUCCCAUUUACUCGCUGCUGCUCCUUUCUGUUUUCUUGAUUCAGCAAGUUUCUUCUCAAGGUACCAAUACCAUCAUAGAUUUAUCAAGCUGUGCAGGGAGAUGUGGGGAAGGGUAUACUAGAGAUGCUGCCUGCAACUGUGAUUAUAACUGCCAACACUACAUGGAGUGCUGCCCUGACUUCAAGAAAGUCUGCACUGUGGAGCUUUCCUGUAAAGGCCGUUGCUUUGAGUCCUUUGCCCGGGGGCGAGAAUGUGACUGUGACUCACAGUGUAAGAAGUACAACAAGUGCUGCCCUGACUACGACAGCUUCUGUGAAGAAGUGCAUACUCCCAUAUCACCAUCAUCUUCAAAGACUGUACCUCCGGUUCCAGCAGCAUCUCACAGCAUCAAAUCAACCACCAAACGUUCACCUAAGUCACCAAACAAGAAGAAGACUAAGAAAGUUAUAGCAGCAGAAGAAAUAACAGAAGAACAUUCUGUUUCUGAAAAUCAAGAGUCCUCCUCCUCCUCCUCCUCUUCCUCUUCAAGUAUUCGGAAAGUCAAGUCUUCCAAAAAUUCAGCUGCUAAUUCAGAAUUAAAGAAGAAACCCAAAGUAAAAGAGAACAAGAAGAAAGGAUCUCCAAAAAAGACAACCGCCCCAGAAGCACCAGCGGAAGCUGGAAGCGGACUGGAUAACGGUGAUCUCAAGCUCACCCCCACACCUUACACUUCUCCCACGCAGCGCACUACAGCCACCACAGCCCCCAAGAUCACAACCGCAAAACCAUUAAGCCCUAAACCCAGUUUUCCACCUAAUCCUAAUACAAGUGCGGAUAAGGUCACAUCUAAAGAGACAUCUUCAACAGCCAACAAAGAGACAUCUUCAACAGCCAACAAAGAGACAUCUUCAACAGGCAACAAAGAGACAUCUUCAACAGGCAACAAAGAGACAUCUUCAACAACCAAUAAAGAGACAACUGUAGAAACUAAAGAGAAGAGUACAACAAAUGAACAGACCUCAUCUAGUACAAAAGAGAAGACUACUUCAGCCAAAGAGACACGAAGUGCAGAGAAAGAAUCUGAUAAAGAUUUAGAAUCCACAUCUCAAGUGCCGGCUAAACCAACAUCUAAAGCGACCACCACCACAAAAUCCCCACCUACCACUACCACCACCAAAGAGCCGGUGACCACCACUACAAAGUCCCCACCUACCAGCACCACCACCACCAAAGAGCCGGCGACCACCACCACAAAGUCCCCACCUACCACCACCAAAGAGCCGGCAACCACCACCACAAAGUCCCCACCUACCACCACCGAGGAGCCGGCUCCCACCACCCCAGAGGAGCCAGCUCCCACCACACCCGAGGAGUCAGAGACCACCGAACCUGAGGAGCUCACUCCCACCAACCCUGAGGAACCUGCUCCGACUACCACCACAGAACUUCCUUCUACUCCCAAGCUUCCUGCUAAGCCAACUCCUGAGUUACCUGGAGAACCCAUACCAAAAUCUCCUAAUAAGAGUCCCAAGGAGCCUGCUGCGCCCACAACCAAGGCUCCUGAAAUGACUACACCUGAAAGUACAACUGCUACACCAAAGAUGACAAUGACCCCUCCCACUACAGUGGAAGAAACGACUACUGAAUCUAAAAUAAGAAGUUCAAGCACUCAAGUAACAACAAUUCGAGAUACCACAACUUCAGCCAAAACAACUCUUAAAGCAACAACUACUGCACCCAAAGAAACUACUGUAACAAAAAAGACUAUGGCUGAGACGCCUCCAAAGAAACUUGAAGAAACAACAGCUACACCAAAAGGUACAGCUACUAAUUCUAAAGAGACAACUGCUAAACCUCAAAAGCCAACCAAAGCACCCAAAAAGCCCACGUCUACCAAAAAGCCAAAGUCAACAUCUAGAGUGAGAAAACCAAAGACAAGCCCAGCCCCGACAAAGAUGACAUCCACAGUGCCCGAAGUGAGCCCUACCUCGUUAGCCAUAGCUACCACCAGCUCUAAACAAACUCCAAACUCAGACACAGUCGAAGCAAGCCUCAAGAAUGAAGAUGCAGAUGCUACUGGAGGAAGACCUAACAUGAUGCCCAACCCCCCUGUAUUAAGCCCUAUUGUUAUUUCAGGCAUGGAUUCCUUAGUGAGAGGACCCCAUCAAGGCAUUAGCACCAAUCCUAUGUUUUCAGAUGAGACUAAUUUAUGCAAUGGUAAACCAGUGGAUGGGCUGACUACUUUGCACAAUGGGACCUUAGUUGCAUUCCGAGGUCAUUAUUUUUGGAUGUUAAACCCAUUCACUCCACCCUCUCCACCUCGUAGAAUUACUGAAGUUUGGGGUAUUCCUUCUCCCAUUGAUACUGUUUUUACUAGAUGCAACUGUGAAGGAAAAACCUUCUUCUUUAAGGAUUCUCAAUACUGGCGUUUCACCAAUGACAUUAAAGAUGCAGGGUAUCCCAAACAAAUUGUAAAAGGAUUUGGAGGACUAAGUGGAAAAAUAGUGGCAGCUCUUUCAAUAGCCAAAUACCAAACUCGGCCUGAAUCUGUCUAUUUUUUCAAGAGAGGUGGCAGCAUCCAGCAGUAUACUUAUAAACAGGAACCUACCAGAAAGUGCCCUGGGAGAAGACCAGCUAUCAAUUAUCCAGUGUAUGGAGAGAUGACACAGGUCAGACGCCGUCGCUUUGAGCGAGCCAUACGACCUUCUCAAACACACACCAUCAGGAUUCACUAUUCUCCCAUCAGAGUCACUUAUCAAGACAAAGGAUUUCUCCAUAAUGAAGUUCCAGUGAGUGCACUAUGGGGAGGACUCCCAAGUGUGGUUACCUCAGCUAUAGCACUGCCCAGCACCAGAAAACCGGAGGGCUUCGAUUACUUUGCCUUUUCUAAAGAUCAAUACUAUAACAUGGACGUGCCAAGUAGAACAGCCAGAGCAAUUACUACUCGUUCUGGGCAGACAUUAUCCAAAGUGUGGUACAACUGCCCUUAGAGUCAUGGGCAAAGGAAGAAGAGGAGCUGCCCAAUUAAAAUGAAGAAAACAAGGCGUUUUGACACUGAAAUACAUUUUAUUAAUAAAGAAUGUUGAGAUGAGCAAACGAAUUUAAAUACAAAAUGUUUUUAAACUUGACAACACUAAAACAGAUUUGACAAUCUUAUUCACAAUUACCAGAGUUUAUAGAACAUUUAAUUAAUAUUUCCUCUAUUUAUUCCUCCUCUCCCUCCCAUUGCAUGGCUCACACCUGGAAGAGAAAAAAGAAUCAAACUUAAGGCAUCUUUUAAGAAGUUAACUCAGAACUAGGGUAUUCACUUACCCUAGUUCAUUAUAAAAAUUGUUUUCAGUAUCAAAAUGUGCCAGGCACUGUGGAUAUAAAAUUGUGUUAGAUAUUCCGUAUCUUCAGUGGAAUUAUAUAGCAAUUAUAGUGACAUUUUUAUAACAUGAAGGUACUCUCUAAUGGUUAUAUUAGAAAAAUACUGAAAUUAUACAUUUUUUAACCAGUACAGUGUAUAAAAAGGUAUUUUAAAAUAUGACAAUACAUAUUUUAUUCUAGUGUAUAAAAAGGUAUUUUAAAAUAUGACAAUACAUAGGGUAUAACAAACAAAUGGCACUGUAGCAUUUUGGACUUCCCGAUUUUACUCUGAAUUCAAGAGGAAAUCAAUAAAUAUUACAUUCAAACACCUAUAUAUGACAUAUGAAUAUAACUUAAGUCUGCAAGAACUUUAUAGAUUAGUAAACUUGUAAUUAAUAAAUCAACCCUAACACUUAUUCUAUUAUCUUUUAAUGAAUAAAUUUUAUUGUUGAGAAAAAUACAGCAAACACACAAUCCAACAAUUUAUUUAUAACUCGUGACUUAAAUUACAUCAUUCAAUUGGUGAAACAUUUUCUGAAUUGUUCCUCUUUCAUUAACUUAAAUCCACUACCCUCUACAGCUUCCCAUCUAAUCUCUGAAGUUGUUAUUGCACUUUGUAAUUUAUUCUGAAAACUAGGUACAAGUUGAAAAUUUGUCCAUUUAUAACUAUCCCACAUCUUAUUAUGAAAUCAGUGUCAGAAAUAAUCAGUCUUUUAGAAAUUUACCUCGCUGCCUAUUAAAGUGACGACCACGGACACCUUGUCUUGGUGCAGCCUGAAGUCUUACUCGUCUGAAAGGCUUUGGUUGACUACUAGUAUCUGAGAAGAAAAAAAUUCAUUGAGAUACCAAGAAAGCAAGUUAAAAAACAAGUAGUUGUACUGGCAAAAGCUAAUAACUAAAUGAAAGCCUGAAUAAAAUCUAGGUGUCCAUUUG